UAAGUCUCACAUCAAAGCAAUCAAUCAACACACAACUUGCAACUUCAAAUAGAGUACUUUCAAAGAAAAGAGAGAGAGAGAGAGAGAGAGAGAGGAAGAUGGAGAAGAACAUGAAGUUUCCAGUGGUAGACUUGUCCAAGCUCGAUGGUGAAGAGAGAGACCAAACCAUGGCUUUAAUCAAUGAAGCUUGUGAAAACUGGGGCUUCUUUGAGAUAAUGAACCAUGGAAUACCACAUGACUUAAUGGACAAGAUCGAGAAGAUGACAAAGGGACAUUACAAGACAUAUCAGGAACAAAAGUUCAAUGACAUGCUCAAGUCCAAAGGUUUGGAUAAACUUGAGACAGAAGUCGAAGAUGUCGAUUGGGAAAGCACUUUCUAUGUUCGUCACCUCCCUCAAUCAAAUCUCAGUGACCUUUCUGAUAUGUCUGAUGAAUACAGGACGGCCAUGAAAGACUUUGGGGAGAGAUUGGAGAAUCUUGCUGAGGAUUUGUUGGAUCUAUUGUGUGAGAAUCUAGGUUUGGAGAAAGGGUAUUUGAAGAAAGCGUUUCGUGGAACAAAAGGUCCAACGUUUGGGACAAAGGUGAGCAACUAUCCACCAUGUCCUAAACCAGAGAUGAUCAAAGGUCUCAGGGCCCACACUGAUGCAGGAGGCAUCAUCUUGUUGUUUCAAGACGACAAGGUCAGUGGUCUCCAGCUUCUUAAAGAUGGUGACUGGGUUGAUGUUCCUCCUCUCAACCACUCCAUUGUCAUUAAUCUUGGUGACCAACUUGAGGUGAUAACCAACGGCAAGUACAAGAGUGUGAUGCACCGUGUGGUGACUCAAAAAGAAGGAAACAGAAUGUCCAUUGCAUCGUUCUACAACCCGGCAAGCGAUGCCGAGAUCUCUCCAGCUACAUCACUCGUCGAGAAAGAUUCCGACUACCCGAGUUUCGUCUUUGAUGACUACAUGAAGCUCUACGCAGGGGUCAAGUUUCAGCCAAAGGAGCCACGGUUCGAGGCGAUGAAGAAUGCUUCUGCGGUUACAGAAUUGACUCCUACAGCAGCAGUAGAGACUUUCUAAAACACGGAUUUGAGGUUUUUAUGUGAAACAGAAGAAAGAAGGAUGAGUUUGUGUUAUGUUAUGUCAAUAAGUUCAGACUGGUAUUAGUGUUUACAUAUCUAAUAAUCUGGUGAUUAAUUGUUUGGUCAAUUGGUGUGUUUAAAGUGUGGGGUGUUUAUGUUUAUGGAAGACGAUAAUAAUAAUAAUAAUCCGAUUUCUAAGA